UACCGGAGAAGAAACAAAAGUGAAACUACCUGUAUAGUGUUGCCCCAAAGCUUUGUGAGGUGUUUGUCAGGGACUAAGAAUGGCAGAAGUGAGUCUAAGUAACCAGGACCUUUUUAUGUGUCCAAUUUGUUUGGAUUUACUGAAGGAUCCAGUAACUCUGAACUGUGGACACAAUUACUGCACGGGCUGCAUUAAGAACUGCUGGGAUCAUGAAGAUCAGAAAGGAGUUUACAGCUGCCCGCAAUGCAGACAUACUUUUACUCCGAGACCUGUUUUAAAGAAAAAUAAUGUUUUUGCUGAGGUUGUGGAACAGUUCCGGCAGACCAGAAUCCAAGCUGCUGCUCCUGUUCACUAUUUCGCUGGACCGGGAGAUGUGGAGUGUGAUGUCUGCACUGGGAGAAAACUCAAAGCGGUGAAGUCCUGUCUGGAUUGUCUGUUGUCUUACUGUGAAACUCACUUCAAAGCUCACAAUGACCUUAACCCAGGUAGAAAACACUCAGUGAUUGAUGCCACAGGCCAGCUACAGGAGAGGAUCUGCUCCCAUCAUAAGAAAGUUUUUGAAAUAUUCUGUCGCACUGAUCAAAGUUGUAUCUGCUAUCUGUGUACGAUGGACAGCCAUAAAGGCCAUGACACGGUCUCAGCUGCAGCAGAAAGGACAGACAAACAGAAGCUGUUGGGGCAGACUCAAGGAAGCUUCAAAAAGAUUAUCCAGGAACGAGAGAAGAAGCUACAGGAGUUGAGGAAGACUGUGGAGACUCUCAAGAGCUCUGCACAGACAGCAGUGGAGGACAGUGAGAGGACCUUUACUGAGAUGAUCCGCUCCAUUGAGAGAAGGCGCUCUGAGGUGAAAGAGCUGAUCAGAGCUCAGGAGAAGGCUGAGGUGAGUCGGACUGAAGGACUCGUGAUGCAACUGGAGCAGCAGAUUGCUGAGCUGAAGAGGAGAGAUGCUGACCUGGAGCAGCUUUCAUACACAGAGGACCACAUCCAUUUCCUCCAGAAGUUUCAGUCAGUGAUCCCUCAACCUCAGUCUAAAGACUUAUCCAGCAUCUAUGUCAGCCAAAACCUUUCUUUUGAGGCUAUGAAGAAAUCUGUCUCCACACUUAAAGCGCAGCUGGAGGAUGUCUUCAAGCAGGAAUUCAUGAAGAUCUCUGCAGCAGUGUCUGAUGAGCCAGUAACCAGAGAGGACUUCUUAAAGUACUCCUGUCGAUUCACACUGGAUCCAAACACAGCACAAAGACAUCUCCAUCUGUCUGAGGGGAACAGGAGGGUGGAACAUAAAAAUGAGGACCAGUCCUAUCCUGAUCAUCUAGAGAGAUUUGUUAUACCUCAGGUGUUGUGUAGAGAGGGUGUUUCUGGACGCUGCUACUGGGAGGUUGAGUGGAGUGGAGAGUUAGUUUAUAUAGCAGCCUCAUAUAAAAACAUCAGCAGGAAAGGAUGUGGUAAUGAGUGUAUGUUUGGAUGGAAUGAUCAGUCCUGGAGUCUGUGUCUCUCAGAGAACAGGCUCUCUUUCUGGUAUGAUCAUAAGCAGACUAAUCUCCCUCUAGUGGCCAGCAACAGAAUAGGAGUGUAUGUGGACCACAGGGCAGGAACUCUGGCCUUCUACAGCAUCUCUGACACAAUCACCCUCCUGCACAGGGUCCAGACCACAUUCACUCACACACUCUACCCUGGGAUUUGGCUAGAUUAUGGAUCAUCAGUGUGUCUGGUGUGAGCCACACACACACACACACACACACACACAGCUCACCUACCCUUCACCACACACAUACACAUGAACAAACUUUGAAAUACAAAUACACACACAAUAACUGACACACAAAUGCACACUCAGCAUCAAUCAUACUGUCCUCAAAUGAACACAGACACACACACACACACACACACACACACACACACACACACACACACACACAAUAUCACAAAGUUUGGUAAGUUUUGAAUGAAGACACCAGAAAACUUAAAAAUGUAAUCGACACACCACACACACAUCAUAUAAUCAACACACCACACACACACAUUAUAUAAUCAACACACCACACAGACAUCAUAUAAAACACACACACACACACACACACACAGCACUUGUAUGAUUUUACACACCUUUGAAUACAGACACUGGAAUACACAUGGACACAUGGUCUCUGGAUAUGUCCAGAAUUGCAAGCGGAAAUCUUUAUGUGAAACAUUUUGUUCUGUCUUCUUCUCGGUUUGUUCAGACUUCUGUCGAUUCACACUGGAUCCAAACACAGCACAAAGACAUCUCCAUCUGUCUGAGGGGAACAGGAGGGUGGAAAGAGAGAUGAGGUCCAGUCAUAUCCUAAUCAUCCAGAGAUAUACCUCAUGUGCAGUUUAGAGAGGGUAUGUGUGGGAGUUUGCGUGGAGUGGGGAGUUAGUUUACGUAGCAGCGAGCUAUGGAGCGAGAUUUAAAGGAAGUAAGAGGAGGAUUAGGACGAGGAAGAUUAGGAGGAUGAGGUGAAUGAUGAAGAGGAGCCAGGGAAGAAGGAGCAAGAGGAGGAGGACAAGAACGUUGAAGAAAGUCAGAAGACGUGGACUCAUUUAGUUGACAUUGAAACAACCAUGAGUUUAAUUUAUAGAUCAUUUUUGUAUGUUGUGUGAAAGCAACAUGAAUUGUGUUUUCCCAUUGUAUCUGUGUUCAUAGACACACAAAUGCUACAACUGAAAGUGUCAAAGACUAGAUAAUAUGUUUUUUUGCAAGCACAUCAGUGCAGGCGUGUGACAAGAGAUUUGGGUAACACUUUACUUGAUGGGUGGGUUCAUAACACAUUCAUAGCA